GCAUUUCCCACCAUGCUUGGCCCGAAGUUGGAUUCGGACUGCUCAUGAUGUCCAGCUAACUUGGAGCUCUGGUAUUUGUUUCAACAGGCGCUUGUACCUACUCACCAUUGCGCAGCUUUUCCAGCUCAACAUUUGAAGAUUAGAAGAGCUUCAAAGAAAGAAUGGAACGACUGAGCAUUUGGCUGCUCUUUGUUGCUGCUUUACGGCUCUUCUCAGUCUACUUGGGGCUCUUCAAACCGAACCUCCUACAGAUUGGGCUCUUCAGCAGGAUUCAAUUGGUGGACGUUCACGCCAGGACCUUUGCCACGUGGACUUCCCUGACCUGCAUCCUGUGCAUCGUCACCGCUUUCAACUUGGAAAGUGCUCCGAUAUACUUCACAACGAUCUUCUCGUUCGUGCUUGCGAUCGCACACCUGGGAACCGAAGCUUUCGUUUUCAAGACCAUUGGGCCGAAGCAACUUAUAUCCCCCGGCCUAACCGCAGGUAUCACUGCCGUUUGGAUGUUCCUCGCCUGGAACGAUCCGGUGUUCGGUUCAGCGAGCUCAAAGGAACUCUGAGUGCAGUCAGUCCGUUCGCUACCUUCCUGAGUUGUCCUUUUUGCUAGCGUCGUGUGCAAGGGGUGCUAUUUGAGGCUGUCGUCAAAAACACGAAUUAAGCUGAUCAGCGUCGUAGCCUCUCCAACCACUUGCCUUUCCCGUUGACCAUUUGGGAGGGGUUUUUCCCUCUUCACGGUCCUCUUCAGCAAGGUUUCCCCAGAAAUACAAGUCGAGGAAUGCGACAACGCACAGUCCAAACAUUCGCCUGAGGAACCAACGGGUGUGUUGAAGGAAAGAGGGACUACUGAGAGUUUAGCCUAUUACAAGUAGUAACUGCGCUGGCAUACUUCAAUUUGAUUAGUACGUUCGUCGCUUCUAACAGAGGCCAACGCAACCUUAGCCUAGGGCAGUCAGUCGAGAGUCCUAGCAUAGACGGCACUCAGUCGACAAUCCUAGCGUAGUAGACCCGUGUUAGCUCAAGGCCGUACGGACAGGGCUUGAAGUCAAAAGUUGUGGAGGCUAAGGAAAGGCAGACGAAACAUUAUUGUGUUUCCGUUACGGCGCUCAGAGUUGACCAAUACUACGACGUUUUGAAAAGGCGCAUGCAAGACGAUAAGUAGAUACAGUUUGCUUUAUAGUUGCGAAGUCGACCAGAUGCUGGUGACCUCAGAAGAUUUCCGUGAUCGUCGAUGAUGUGUAUUGACCAUCUCCUGCCAAGGUCUGAUGUUCUUCUGGAC